AAAGUUAGACGAACACCCUUUCGGUGCCGGAUGUUGAGACCAAUAGCGUGGCGUCAUAGCCGCUGUGGGCGGGCCUAACACCAACGUUUUUUUUGUUGUUUUUGCAAAUAAGCUCUUGUUUUGUCGUUUAUAACUUUAGCGUGACUAUACUUUGAAACAAUAAUGGUGCGUUAGGUCCGGUAAUGGAGUGAUUCCAUUCUAGUGUCCACCUGUGGGACUCAAUGAAAUGUUCUGGAUGGGUUGAAAGCAAAGUGAGCCGGUCUCAUUUGGAGACAAAUAACGGGACGCUUCGCCACCACAGCGCAGCUAACCGGCUAGCUAACUCGCGCUAAAUUGUUAUGGAGACUUUUUCCAAAUACUCUUGGAUCGAUUUCGUCUUUUCCGUCAUCGGAGUGUGUACUUUCUUGGCGGACUGGGGCUCCGACUUGUGGGUUGCUGUGGAGUUUUACUGCCACGGUGACUUUUUGUGGUUCGGCGCACUGGUCGCCCUCAUGAUCCUGUCGUCCUCCGUGCUCCAAAUGUUCAGCUGGUUCUGGUUGAAGUAUGACCGCCACCUGCCCGGGUUCCGAAGCGAGAUCGGAGCCGAAGCUGUGCUCUUCGUGGACAAAGUUAAACUUAGCUGCCUGUUGCAUGUGCUGCAGCUGGGUUUCCUUUGCAGGCACAUCUCGGCCAUCCGACAAGGCUUCCGGGUAUGGUGGCGGAAAGAGGAAGGCUCCGAGUACGCCGUCUACCUGACCCACGACCUCAGCAUGCUGCGGCUCAUCGAGACGUUCUGCGAGAGCGCUCCUCAGCUCACGCUCAUGAUCUAUGUGGUGCUGCGCACCAACAAAGCCAGGACCGUCCAGUUCGUCAGCAUUGUGGCAUCAACCACGUCCAUAGCCUGGAUGGUGGUGGAUUACCACCGUUGCUUGCGCGCCUUCCUGCCAGACAAGGCCAAGCAGGGCUGGGGUUCGUCUUUGGUCUACUUCCUGUGGAACCUGCUGCUCAUCUCCCCACGCGUCGCUGUCCUCGCCCUCUUCGCUUCUGUCCUGCCCCCCUACAUUGCCGCCCACUUCCUGAUGGUUUGGUCUUGCUUUGUUGUAUGGGCUUGGCGACAGAGGACCGACUUUAUGGACAGCGUCGGUGGGGAAUGGCUCUACCGGGCCACCGUGGGGCUCAUUUGGUACUUCAGCUGGUUUAACGUAGCCGAGGGUCGGACUCGAAGCAGGAGCAUCAUCUACCAUACCUUCAUCACGACCGACGGGGGGAUCCUGCUGGCCACUUGGUGGUGCUACCGCGACCCCGUGACCUCCCAGCCAUAUGCAGUGGCGCUGCUCAUCACUCUACCUCUUACCUACUUGCUGGGACUGCUCUUUAAAUGCAUCUACUACUGUUGCUUCCACCCUAAGCUGUGGAGGCCCCCGCUGAGGGAACCAAGACUGACUGACGACUUGCCUGAUGCAGAAGUGUCCUUCAGAGAAUUUCCCAUCCAGGACGGUACUUUGUCCUCCCAGCUGCUCAACAAAAGGAUGGCGCACAAUGCGGCACUCUUUUACUCCAGUCUGUAGAAACGCUGCAAAAAACAGAAAAAACAAAACAAAAUGAGAGUUCAGUCGUCUACUGAUAACGCUUGUUAUCUUUUUAACCUGUUUUUGUGUGUACUCUGGAUACUGUAGACACCCAGAGGCCAAGGUUAAGUACACCUGCACAAACUAAUGAUACAAGAGACAUGCAAAAUUUGCAGACAAUGCAAUGCAGUUCUACCCCACUGCAAACUACAAAUAAAACAUUAUUGUUCACAAAUACCUCUCAUACAUUUUCAAUCAAAACCGAGCCCUGUUGUCUGAGAAAGGCAGAUGGAUACAGUUCUGUUGAUUUGUGUGGGUGUACUUAAUAAAAUGUCCAAUCAGUCUUAUCUUUGUGAUUACAUAUUAAUGUGCCAUAUUAAUUUAACAAUAUGGCACACUUUAAAAAAAUAAUAAAAUUCCAAUGGCCCCGAGAUACCCACACACAUUGCUGUCAAACUGACUCUUUACAAAGUUACAUCGUCUCCUGUGAAAUGUCCAGUAGUGAAUUACAAAAGGGACAUUUUAUAAGCUAGUUUUUCAAAGUGACUUUUUCUACACGUUCACAAUCGAUAAUACACUGUUGCAAGGAUGUAGAAUUGCUGCUAUUACCAUGUAUUUACAGAAUGUGUAAUUGCAAGAACAGAACACAGACAAAUUCACAGUUAAGCGGUAACAAUAUGGAUUUAAAAUUAAGUGUCAAGGUCUAUUAAUAUUUCCUUUUAUUGGGUCAAUUCAUAUCGUUAAUAUUUUCCAGCCACAAAUGUCUCAGCUAUAUUUAAUCAUCUGUUGUCAAAUCAAGCAAGGACUGUGUGUAUGCGACUUGGAAGGAAGUGAGGGGUGGGGCAGCGUCCUUUUGAGCCAUGUUUGUGCUCUAUGUUGACUUCAUACAGAAUUUCAAAGGGAAAAACCAUCACUAGCUCGUUAAAUUUGUCAUGAAUCUACAAAAUAAAAUAUGUAUAAUUGUAAAAAUUGUUUAACUAGGAACAUUUUGUCUGAACAUUUUGAAAAUAAAUGUUGCAAGACUUAAGCAAG